GGUGACGUCGAAGAUGACGGCGGUGGCGAUGCCUCCCGCGAUGGCCCACAACAACAGCGGUGGAAUGAUACAAGUGAUGAACGAGAAUAAUUUAAGUAAGAUAGAGAGCUUCCUCAACGACACGGCUUACAGAGAAGCCAUUGAAAAUUCCUCCAUAUACAAUAGCAGAUUAUGCCGGGAACGACGUCUUCGCAUGCCCUUCCUAGAUUCGCAAACGGGUGUGGCACAGAAUCAUUCUGCACUUUUUAUGUCUUCGAGAGAAAGAUUACCAGGAUUGUUAAAUGGUCAAAUUUACACUUAUCCAAGCAAAAGAUGGCGAAAGAAACGACGGCAAUACUUGAUGCACUAUCUACAUCCAAAACGAGGAUUAAGAGGUGAUACAGAGGAUGGAACAGAAGGCAUCGAAGCUGUUACGCACAUAAAUGACGAUAGCAAAGAUUCAGUAGUACUUAAAGUUUUCGAGGAUCAGUUGCUGUUCUGUGACGACUGUGAUCGUGGAUACCACAUGUAUUGUCUGGCUCCUCUUGCGUCACCGCCGGAGGGCUCCUGGUCGUGCCGCUUGUGCUUAGCCGAAUUUUAUCGCCGUGAUUAAGUUCACUCUCUGGGAUAGUAUAUAGAUAUAUACAUAUAUAUAUAUAUAAGUCACGGAGCUAUUCUUGCUAUCGCUGUGGCAUACAACGUCUUGGUCGUCUUAUUAGGAGAAUUAGGAGAGUAUUCGCGAGAGCUCACUCGUACACCUAAGAUCUCUUCUUUUCGACUGAACUGGCAGCACUAGUUCAGAGUUUAUCUUUUUUACUCCACAUUGGAGGGAAAGAGAUAAGCUCUGAACUAGUGCAGCCAGUUCAGUGAAAAAGAACCAGAUAGUAUUAUAUAAUACAGACACCCCAAACUUUUGGAGGGGAAAGAAGAAAAAAAAAGGAAAGUUCAUUGA